AUGGCUUCCAAACUUGUGGAUCUGGUGUACUGGCGGAAAGUGAGUAAGACUGGUGUGGUGUUCACGGGGCUGGUGAUCGGUCUGGCCAGUAUGUUCCAGCUAAGUGCCAUCACCGUCAUCGCCCAUGUCUGUCUGGGUAUCUUGUGUGUCACUCUCCCCCUCCGCCUCUACUAUAAGCUGCUGGAGCUGCUGCGCUGGAACCCUGAGAAGGAGCACCCCUUCCAGUCCUAUCUAGAUCAUGACAGCUCUCUGACAGAUAAGGAAACAGUGACGCUGGUGGAGGAGACGGUGUUACUGGUCGCAUUUGCUGUCACAGAGAUCAAACGCCUUCUUUUCAUCGACAGCAUAAUUGACUCUAUUAAGCUUGUUGUGCUUCUGUAUCUGUUGACCUACGUCGGCAUCGUAACCAACGGACUGACUCUGGUGAUAACUGGUGUGAUCGUUGUUUUUUCCUUUCCUCUGUUGUACAAAAAACAGCAGGCGCGGAUGAGGAGGAUGGUUAGAGCUGUUAAAGGUUUUGUAAAGAAAAUAAAAAACAUAUUUCUCAGAAUGUAUGGUACAGUUAGUCCCUCACCUGCCCCCGCCCCUACACCUGCACCUGCCCCCAAACACAAAGUGAAGUCAAAGUAA